AUGGAGAAAUUUGACUGGAAACGCGCGGAUCUGAAUUGGAUACAUUUCCAUUCACUCGCGAACCUUCUUUCACUUCGCAAUGGCGGCCAAGUCGAGCCUACUGUGAAAUUCGACACUGAGCCUGAGCUAGAUCUGGGGGUCGAUGACGAAGAAGAUGAGGAUUCUCGUAGCGUCAACACUGCUUUGGCAAACCAGAUAUCUGAAUCAGGUCAUGGUAAACUCAAGAAGCGAUUUCUCGAUGCCGUGGCUGGGUUUGCUGCGAACAAAAAGGGCGGCACAGCAGUUGCUUGCUCGGCUAUGAAAGAGGCUGAGAAUGACGUCGUCAUCUGGCUCGCUCGCAACGACGGCUUCUCCAAUGGAGAUCGUCCUGUUUUCGAGAAAUUGGGAGAGAUACUGAGUUCUCUGUCCUACAACGGCGUCCAGGACUCCCAGGAUCUCCUAUGGGAACAUAUGGUUUCGUACCAUAGUAGCCGGAUCAAACAAGACUAUAUCCCCAAACUGAGGCGGGGCUUCGAAGCUUACGACGCUGAACAAACGCAACAUGCCACCAACACGACAGCAGCUCGGCCAGUCGUUGAUGCAGCGCUAUCUGCCUUACGUGACAUUCUCCUCAAUGAUCUGCCGAGUGACACGAGUACGUUUGAUAAGCACACAAAGCUGAUUGUGGCGUCAUACGACCUGCGCCGGGAAGCUAUCGAUGAAGAGGCACUGAAUAGCCGCGCGAGCUCGACUCUGGGAUCGAGGAAGCUAUGGAGCAGCAUCUACCUUUUCUCCCGCGUUCGCGUGGCAUACCGCACCUUCAUCGAAAUAGCCCAGACUCUGCCAAGUUUUGGGUGCAUCAAAUUCGUCCUCGUUUCCCGUCCUGCUGUAUCUCUAAAACCACCUCAACGACCGGCGACUUUAAAGCAAACUUUGGGGAUGCUCAAGUUGGACUUCAAUUCCAACAUAACGAAGGAACUCCUGGGUAAUGAUUGGAAGGUCAGUAAGACUGAAGAGAGGUUCAAGAGUCUGCAAAAGCAGAAUCUCAACGUGCACGCCGAGGUGCAGAUGCUGAUAGCUUUGGCUGCGAACGAAUCGGUAAAGUCGGAUCUGUUCCCAUAUUUUGGGUGCAGCAAACUGAGCUGCUUCAUGUGUAGUCGUUUCAUACAGGCAUAUGGGCGAUUUACUACACGAGGGUGUCAUGGCCAUCUCUUCAAACCGUGGACCGUACCAAAUACAGAUGGGCUAUUGCCAGGACAGCCUGAUCGCAUAGCAAAAGCUCUCGUGGCGGUCCAAAAUGAGCUCAAGAAAAAGCUGAAGGAGUCGAUCAAGGAAGACCUCAUACCAGAGGAAGAAGAAGUUUUGGAGGAUUUUGGGUUCAAUAGUGUGGAGUUUGGUCAAGGAAGAUCAUACCUUUUUGGCGUAUAUGCCGGUCUGUAUCGGUCUGGCAGAUUCUCAGCGGAAGACUUCCAUAACUGGCGUAUCGAAGGUAUCCUGACUGAAAAGAUCAAGGAGUUCUUCUACAGCCUUCCUGAGGAUUCCCGCGGAGGCUACUUUCCUUGGUUCUUGGAAAACCUCCCUGUCCUGGAGACACCCACGACCAAACAACAGGCGACGCAAAACCUCGUCGCAAGCAUGUUUGCUAAAGCUAGACCGUACUUAGAUAACGAAGAUCGCAACAAAGCGCUUGAUGAGUUGAUGCCUGAAGCCAAGCGGGAUAGCUUCACCUUGCUGGCUCAACUGUCUCACCAGAUGUCGCCGAAUCCGAUCGAACAAAACUGGUACUCUUUUGGGUUCGUAACCUGUCGUGGAAAGAGUGAGGAGAACACACUCGUGCAAGUCUACCAGCUCCUCCUUCUUGAAGAUGAUGGGAGUUACUUUUACAAGUUCUACAACAGCCGAAGGGACCACAACUCACCUGUCGGGUUGACGCAGUUUUGGAAAGCGUACGAAGCGGGAACACUCAUACAGCUUAUGGAUUCGAAAGGCCUCAAGAACCUUCGAUCCAGAUUGCCACUCUUGGAGGUCUUCCUGUCCGGUUCAUGCUCCUCCGUAUGGGAUUUGAAAUGGUUCCUUGACAUCGAAGACCCAGUGAAGUACCCGCCCAUUCCUUCGGUGAGCCUCGACUAUGGCUUCGUCAACUGCAACACGUUAGAGGAGACCUACACGUUGAUUGAAAUUUACAAAAGGGUUUUGCAGACCGCGCAUCUACUAGACCUUCAACAUGCGUGUAUAACAGGAACUUUGUGGCAGUUCGCAAGCAGUCGCAUCCGGAUGGAGGAGAAAUGGAGGCCGUUGAUGAAGAAAGUCUAUUCAUUGGAGACACCGACAGUGUCAGAGACAGGCGAGGAUAUGACACCAAAAGCAGAAUCAGAGGGACAUGGAGAACCCGUCGUCGUUUCGUCGUCGCUACUGUCGAGACUGUGGGGCUCGCUUUCGGUCGUCUGA